UUGCACUGCACUUCCAUCCUUCUCAUUCAGCUUCUGCGGAUUACAGUUCCACUUCAGUUUCGUCGCAGGAUCAAAGACAAGCUCCUGCAUCGGAGCAAGGCGAAUUCAGCCCAGGGAUUGGGUGAUUGCAUCGGAGUUCGACAAGUGAGCGGACUUACAGUGAGGGAAGUUAGAGUAGGCGGUGGUGCACAGGAAUCAGUGUUGUGAGGAUGGGGUCUCAGCAGCAGCAGCAGCGGGAGUUGGAAGUGACGGUGCUAUCGGCGCAAGACUUGAAGAACGUGAAGUUGACGGGGGGCACCAUGGACCCUUACUGCGUGGCGUGGAUCUACCCCCACACGAAGGUUGCCGGGCCCGUGAACAAGGGCGGGGGCGUGAACCCCACAUGGAAUGCUCUGGUGAGACUGGUGGUGGAGGAGACACUCCUGGAGCAGGGCAGCGCCAACAUCACCGUGGAGAUUUACCACCACAGCAAGCUGUCGAACAAGUUGGUUGGGACUGCCAGCGUGCCUCUCUCCGACGUGAACGCCCAGGCGAAGGGGUCAAAGCCGCUGUCGUACCCAGUCCAGAAGAAGUCGGGGCAGCGGCAGGGAGUGAUCAACGUGGCCGUGAAGGUGGGGAAGGUGUUGUCGGCAGAGGAGGCCGCCAAGUACGCCGCUCCAGCAGUGGGCCUGCCCGCCAUGGCGGCAGGCGGACAGCACUACGCCCAGCAGCAGUACCGCCAACAGCAGUACUACCCCCAGCAGCAGUAUUACCCCCAGCAGUAUGCGCAGUCGAGCUACUACCAACAAGCCCCGAGGCGAAGCAGCAUGAUGGGAGGCCCCGGAAUGGGGCUGGGCGCUGGGUUGUUGGGUGGCGUGUUGCUGGGAUCCGCUCUUGACGGUGGCGGUUGCGGUGGCGGAUGUGGAGGAGGCUGUGGUUGUUGAUGUGGUUACAGAGGGUGUGAAAACACGGGUGAUUGCAUCCGCUCACGAAGACCAGGCUUCGGUGGGGGUUUGCCGAGUUGUACAUAAAAACUUGGGUGGCAGCCAGCUUGUGCGUGCUCAGAGCGAGCACAUGGGGAUGUCGCGUUGAGAUGUAGACAGGAUUGUUGGUGCGGAGCACCGAGAACAGAAAAUUGUAUCAUUCUUUGCGCCAAAUUGGAGGCGUCGUAAUGCACACACAUGCUUUGAUGUUUAGA